AUGGUUCGAGGACGGAAAAAGGUUUCGGCUGCGUGGCCCCAUUUCGAGCCGAUCUCCCACACCAAAAAGUUCCGCUGUCGGCAUUGCAAUCUGCACGUGGUUGGGCCGGGCUGCUCGAACCUGAAAAAGCACCUGCAAGCCAAACACAAGGAGAUCUUCUUCGCCAUCGACGAGCUGGACAAAAGCGCCGCCGAAUCGGGAAUAAGUUAUGCGGAAAGCUCGAUGGACAUCUCCAUUAGAUCGGAUUCUGGGCUGGCGAACAGUGAGAGGAAUUCCGAGGAGGAUGAGGGCGAUUUGAGCUUUGCCAAGUUCGUAUGCCAGGCUUUGCAAAAUGAGGAGGCGGAUGAGAACGAGAACCGGCCGUUCAAUUUAUUCGACAUGAUGAAGGAAAAAAGUCCACAGGAAGCGAUAAGGUAUGUUUCUUCUAUUUAUGGGGAUCUAAUUGAAUAAGUUGGAAGAUUUUUGAGUAAUAGGCUUAAAAUUAUAUUAUCCAUGACCAAGAAUUGAUGUUUUUUGUCUAAAUUUUGCUUGUAUUUAAAUUUUUGUCGACUGAAAGUGGUCUGUAAAUAUUUUUUGAAGCAUUACUAGUGCCUAAUUUUAUUCUUGUGAGUGAUUCGCAAUAAAAUUCUGAUUUUAUGUUACACCAGAAGACUAAAAUUUUGAUUUUUUGUAUCUCAGCGGCCAGUUGGACUAGAACAGUAUUUUUGGCCUCAAAAAGAGCGGUUUGAUGCGUACUGUGCCAUGACGAUAAUAUUUAUACUAUAUAAUAUCCAAAAAAUUCCACACCAACCUCUUUUUUCGCAUCUACCCCAAUUUGAAUGUCAAGUAUAAUGUCUUUCAAUUUCAGCGACUUUGCCUCUUCGUUGGUUAUCUCAAAUCUCAACGAGCAAUGCGAGACCCUCAAAGAUAUCGUGGAAGAGAAGAAUCGAACAAUUGCCGAACUCACCAAGGAAAACGAAGCCCUCAAAUUACUGGUACAGCAGCUGACCCCAAUGGAGCAGUAG